ACGAGAUGUUGUAGUGCAUCCACACACACCUUACCAACUGCUUGGAAUAUAUUUAGUAUUUACGUGAACAUGUGCACUAAGUACGAUUUAAAUAAAUUAAUUUAAUUAAAUUUGAUGGAUACCUAGAUAGUUCUUCUGGAAGGAAAUUACUUGUGUCUUUGUCAUUGUUUUCAUGCAUCUCGUCAGAUGAGCGAGAUACUUCGAGACUGAUGCGGGAGAGUCAUUUAGCAUUCAACAUGGCGACUCCGACGUCUGCUGUGAAGUUCAGUGAUAUAUACGAACUCAAGGAAGAAUUAGGAAAAGGUGCGUUCUCAAUUGUGAGGCGAUGUGUGCAGAAAGCAACCGGAUUAGAAUUUGCCGCAAAAAUUAUCAACACGAAAAAGUUGUCAGCACGAGAUCACCAAAAGUUGGAAAGAGAAGCCAGAAUAUGCAGAUUGUUAAAACACCCAAACAUUGUUCGAUUACAUGACAGUAUACAAGAUGAUGGCUAUCAUUACCUUGUGUUUGAUCUUGUGACUGGGGGAGAGCUUUUUGAAGACAUUGUUGCAAGAGAAUUCUAUAGUGAAGCAGAUGCAAGUCACUGCAUGCAGCAAAUAUUAGAGAGCGUUAACUAUUGUCACCAACAUGGCAUCGUUCACAGGGAUUUAAAGCCUGAAAACCUGCUGUUGGCCAGUAAAGCCAAGGGUGCUGCUGUCAAGCUAGCUGACUUUGGGCUUGCUAUAGAAGUACAGGGAGAUCAACAGGCAUGGUUUGGGUUUGCUGGAACACCAGGUUAUUUGUCUCCAGAAGUCUUGAGGAAAGAUCCCUAUGGAAAACCUGUAGAUGUAUGGGCUUGUGGUGUGAUUCUGUAUAUUUUACUUGUUGGCUACCCUCCAUUCUGGGAUGAAGAUCAGCAUAGACUGUAUGCUCAGAUAAAAGCUGGUGCAUAUGAUUAUCCAUCACCAGAGUGGGACACAGUGACACCAGAAGCAAAGCACUUGAUAAACAGCAUGUUGACAGUGAACCCUGCAAAGCGAAUUACAGCAUCAGAAGCAUUGAAACAUCCUUGGAUCUGUAGAGAACGUGUUGCUUCUGUGGUGCAUAGACAAGAAACAGUGGAUUGUUUGAAGAAGUUUAAUGCCAGAAGAAAGUUGAAAGGUGCCAUCUUGACGACUAUGUUGGCAACACGGAAUUUCUCAAUCAACAAAGGUAAUGUGAUACCAGUCACUGGGAAUGGCUCACAAGUAGUCUCUUCACCAGGUAGAAGCCUCAAUGUGAAGAAAAAUGAUGGUAUCAAGGAAUCAACAGACAGCAGCACAAUUGAAGAUGAGGACACAAAAGUGGUCACACCCAAAACAGAUACUGAGAUGAUGCGAUUGGUGGACUACAAACGCAGAAGUUUUGGCCAGCACUGUGCAAGUUUUGGACAGCAUUUUACCAGUUUUGGACCCCACUGCUCGGGUCGCAAGCAGGAAAUUAUAAAACUGACUGAGCAGCUUCUUCAGGCAAUAACCAGUGGCAACUAUGAAGAUUACACGCAUUUAGUUGAUCCUCACUUGACAAGCUUUGAGCCUGAAGCUUUGGGAAACCUUAUAGUAGGCAUGGACUUCCACAAGUUCUACUUUGAUCAUGUGUUUUCAAAGAACAACAAGCCAGUGAACACCAGUAUUCUGAACCCACAUGUUCACCUGUUAGGAGAAGAUGCAGCCUGCAUAGCCUAUGUGCGCCUAACACAGUACAUCGACAGAAAUGGUCUGCCAGUAACCAUACAGUCAGAAGAAACCCGGAUCUGGCAGCGUAAAGAUACCAAAUGGCAGAAUGUCCAUUUCCACCGCUCCAGCUGCAGUGCAAUGCCACACGGAAAAUAGAUGAAGAGGGCUAGAAUGCAACCUUUGCUGGCUUUCCCUCUUCAAGAUUGACCCUAGGAGGCAGGAUCUGGUCUGUGCUGGGACUGCAGUCAUUGUACUGUCACCCUGCUCUUGCCACCACCAUCAUGGCCUCCCCUGCGGCAGGGCCUGUUGCUUGACUGGGGUGUGUGGUUUCUACUCUGCCUCUUGCACUGCUCUGGUUCUCUGACAACCUCGGCUACACCCACCUCGCUCUUUGGCUCACUACACCCAGUUUCUCAUCAUUCAAGAUUGAUAGUUGUUUCUCACAAAAUUUCCUGCAGUUGUUUCCUGUUCAGUCUCAGCAAAUGUCUUUUGUUUUUUUUUAAUAACUACUACCCUGUAAGAGAUGUGCUACAGAACAUGACUUGUGACAAAUCUGCUCUGACAAUGGCUUUGUUUGUGGACUUGAAAUAAUUUGGGUUUUAUUUAUAUCGGGUUUUUGGAAGUAUGUUAGCAAAGUGUGUGAUCAUUGAUAAACGGCCACUGCAUGCUGUGGCUUAUCAAGUGAGAAAAUCUAACCUGGGAGAUGAUGACCUAGACAUUAUCACCUCAGGUCUUCUGCCUAGCAUGGUGGUAGCAAGGCUGAGGGGCUGGAGGUGAGUGUGCCACCUUGCUUUUGCAUCAUGCCUGGUUGUGUGCCAAUAAGUCUCAAAGCAUGCUUCCAGUUUUUGCAUACUGUAUGAAACUGGCUGCAUCUGGGUUUGUUUUUGUUUUUUUACACCCCUACCCCUUUUUUCUAUUUUAAGUUGCAAAAUAGGUUUUAAUUCAGUGAACUGUAAAAAAUACACUGAUAAAUUAUGGAGCAGGCAUUGAGGAGUAGCUUUCAUGUUUGGUAUGAGUGGCAAGGCACAGCAGUUGUAGGCUUGUAUAACCAAGAAGUCAUUUGCUUAGUCCAUGUACAAUUCAGAUAAAUAUUCUCUAGAUUACUGUCAAGGUUGUCUUUCAAGGUAUUAGUGUCAAAGUUGAAAAAUCAUGCUUACAAAAAAAAAAAACCAUCACCAAAAAAGUCUUACACAGAUGCAUGCUAUGUAUCUUUCAGAACCAAACCUCACAAUAAUUGCUCUAAAACAGAUACAGUUCAAUCUAGAGCAAUUUUUUUAUGAGAUGAAACUUGAAGUUUUUUUUUUAAUCAUUCUAUGUCACAUAAAAGAAGGCAAAUACUUGUCUGUUAAAAAUAGGAUGCAAGUCUUAAAAAAAAAAUUAUAAGGGACAAAUGCAGACUGUUUUCAUUGAUUAUCAAUAGCAGAUAAAUACAGUAAGAAGGAAAUAUUUCAUAAAAUAACUACAUAUUUUAAUUGCUACUUUUUAACAGUCUAUCCAAACAUCAUAACUUUUAUCUGCAGGCAGAGAAUAACAAUCCUUAUUAUAGGCACAUAUGUUGUAACACAGUUAAGUCAUUCACAGAAUAGUGGAUAAAUAUCUGUGGUACUUUUGGUAACUAGAUUGGGCUGCACAUGCCUAUAUAUUCAAUAAUUUUCACUCCAAAACCAUGUAAUGCGAAAAGGGGAAAAAUCCACUCAUUUAAAACUAGAUAAACCGUUUUCAAAUGGAGUUACAUCCCUUAACAGAACCAAGAAGUUGUUGAAUUGCGAUUUCGAUUUUUCUGGGUGUACCUUUUUUUCAAAAUGAUGAAGAUGAGGGCAAACUUCGGGUGGUUUAGUAACAUUUUGCAUCUUGUGGAAUAUAUAUAAUUUUUUUUUUUUUUAUCAUUUAGAGUGUAUGUCAUAGUGAAGCUGUUUCUCAUAAUCUUGAGUUUAUUGAUAUCUGCAUUGUGUGUGACCAUUUAAGUUCGCUGGUUAGACAUUGCAGUGAUCAUACAUUUUGUGCAACCCUGUGUCAUGAAAUGGUUUUUAAAAAUUACAUUGGAUAAACCUAAUUUCCGUUGAAAUCUCAAGAAAUUGUUGUUUCACAAUGAAUUAAGAUUGGAACAGUUUAUUUCAGCUUACUUUUUUAUUUUUAAUUUAAUUUUGAUUUGUCUUCCUGCUAUGUUGACUUUUUGGAAAGAGCUUGAAAUUUAUAUCUGAGUAUCAGCAUAGAGGUCAAAAUCACAUAGCCAACAAGUUAAAAUAAUAGUCUGUCAUAAGUGGUGUGGCCAUAUGCUCCUCGAGGAGUAACAAGGAAUAAACAAAACAUGAGUCGUGCUCACUGAGGUUAAUAUGUGACUUAGGUGGUCAAAGAUUCUUUAAGUUCAUUGAUGCAUGCAUAUUUCUUUAUCUGCUGUCUCUUAUACAGGCAUGUACACAUUCACGGACAAAUGCAGGCACAUUUUCUGAAUCACACUUUCACUCAUACUUCAUUGGUGUUUCCAUGUCUUUAUGAGAUUACUCAGCUGCUGCUUAUUAUUUCUUUUGGUGAUGCACAGCUUUUUGUAAUAAUUCAUUAAGCCAUUAGCAUAUCUAUAUCUUCAGUUUAUCACAGAAUAAACAGUUUUUAAAAUAUAGGUAUAUAAUUACAUAAUAUAUAGGUUUCCAUUUUUAAAAAGUAAAUAAUUUACUGAUAAGAAAGGCGUCAUCAAUACAGUGAGAAUCAGGUGUCCUGGGUUCAUAUCUCGUACACAGUUUUUAUCUCAGCAUGUGGCACCUGUUGACGUAGAUGGCUGCUUGAUCUUGAACCUUAGGUACUGGUUCAGUGUAAAAUAUCUAUUUCCCUCCUGAAAAGGGCUGAAUCAAGUAAUCAUUUGGUGAUAGAAUAUCAUCUUUGUAAUCUUUUAUUUAAGAGCACAUGGUAUUUUUCUCUUACCUUAACUGAUGAUUUACCUAGCAAACCCCACAUAGAUUAAUAAUAUAUAUAUGACAGUUAAAGAUGAAUUAAAAAGGAAGCAUUUACAUUUGUUCUUGAUAUUUAUAAUGCAGCUCUAGACCAUGCAACUUAUGCGCAGUAAUUUUAUGUAUUUUUCAGUUUUGUAUUUUAGAACAGAUCAGCUCUGAUCUUAUUUAAAAAUUAUUAUGUGGCUGACUUGUACUGUUAAUACAUCACUGUCCCGAUGACUCGAAAUUUGGUCCUGUCUUUUUUCCAUUUUGCUGAGGUGACUUUGUUAGAGAACAAAAUGAAGACAUUUCAUCGUUGUUGCUUACUUGAAUUUAUUUUAGAUUUUUAAAAAAUCUCUUUGUAGCAAAAAAUUCUGUUUUACUUUGUCAUUAUUUUAAUCAAAGCUUAACUUCAUUUUCAUCUUAAAAAGCAUGAUCAUCUUAUGGCUUAACAUCACAUUGUUUUCCUAUUUGUUCCAUAUACUGUCUUGACAGUUUUGUUCUUAGUGCACAUUGAAAUUCUCAGCUGAGUUCAUGUUGAAGUAAAAUGUUUGUUGAGUGAAUGUUAAAUAUUGAAGAGCCCUACACCUUAACUGGGGCAUGAAGAUUUUAUAAGACAUACCAGUUGAUGCAGAGGUGUGUAUGUCUCAUAUUUCUCUCUUGACCAAAGUCUGUAUUAAAUCCUUAUUCUGUUUCUGGCAGUUAAUAAAGUUUGUUUUUACCAUGCACUUUCCUGUCCAUAUUUGCAUGUUGCUGCUGUUUGGCUUCUGUAACUAGACACAACUUAUUCUUUAUAGAAUGUGUACUAGAGUGAUCUAUAUAUCUGAACCCCUAGAUUUUAACCAAAACUGUAGACUGCAGCCCUGCAGUUAGAGUGUGGUUGAUGUGUGACUUGUGAUUAUGCAUUGUGGCUACAAAUAUUCCUUAUGGACGUGGUUAUACAUGUUAGCUGCUUGCUGCUUCUGUUAUGAAUGCGAACUGCAAACUUACUGGUCAAGAACUUUGGCUGCACAGAAUGACAGCUGGUCAUAUGUGGGAAACUUCAAAGGGCAGGGAAUUUUAUUAAAUGACAUUGUGCUUGGUGUUGAUCCAAAUGCUUCUUUAUUUUCAUGCACAGACAGUUUUUGGUCCCUUUUUAUUUUAGUUUAAUUUAAUGAAGGGAAUACUAACUGACCUCGCCAUUAAUUAAAAAACUACCAAUAUCAGGCUGGAAGGAUUUUUUUGUAGGAUAUAUCAGUAACUGACUUGCAUAACUAAGAUGAUGCUGGAAGUAGCGAGAACAUAAGAAAAAAAUGACAAAGUUUUCAAACACCAUACUACAAUAUACAGUACAAAUAUAAUUAUAAUAAAGUUUUCAUUGUAGUUAUGUAAUAGCACUGCUUUUAUUGCAUACUCAAAUGUAGUCAUCCAGUUUUCUGUAUUAUAGCAAGUCCUCCAUUUACAUAACGUUUUGUUAAAGUUGACAUUUAUUUUUUACAAAGUAAAUACUCUUUGCUGGACAAUUGUAACUGUUCAUUCUAUUAUUUGUUUUGGAAGAUUGGCUUUAGAUGUGUAGAAAUUUUUACAAGACAAUUUAUGGUGAUUUUGAUCUCCAGGCUUAGCUGUUAGAAUAAUUCAUGAGCCAUUUUCACAUUUCUUCUGAUUUCCCUUAUUUUAUUUUAUUUUUGGAGCAAUUUGUCAUAGUUGCACCCCAUACUGACACACAUUGAAAUUCAGGUUCUUUUUUAUAUAGUCUAUAGAACUUCAGAAUGUUAUACUGUGGUGCUGUAUCAAACGCAGUCUAAUAUCUGUGUGAAUCCAGUGAUUUUGUAUUUGGCACUGCACAUGGUGUAAUUACAUUCUUUGUGAAUUGAGCAUUGUUCUUGAAUAUGAAUUGCAUAUACUCAGAUGUCCAAUAAAGUAUUUUUCCAUGUACCAUUUGACAUUUUUGCAGUAGACACACAUUUCUUAGUGUUCACUUCUCCCUUUUUUUCUAAUGGCACAUCUUGUAUGCUGUGUUGGUAUUUGAGAUGUUUAUAAUUGAGGUCUAUUUAUGCCAGUAUGUGUUGGUUGAUGAAAUACGCUCAUCUUCCCCAAUUUGACUAGUUAGAAAUGAUUUUCAGCUCUAUCAUCCUGAAAUAUGCAUGGCUUUUGGCUGAAAAUGACUGAAGUAUGUAGGUGUUUUGUAAUUUGUUUUCAAAGUACCCUUUUGUAUGAUAUAUGUUUAGGUUUUUUCCUGGUGCUUGCCUCCUAUAAAUUUUAAUAACCUGCUCACCUUUUUUGCUGUUGCAAUAAUUUUUAUAGCUGGUUGAAGGGCAGUUGCACCUUUGAAUAUUUACUGAUAAAAUGACAUAAUUGAGUUUAUGCGCAUUAUUUCACAUAAGAGUGAUCAGGAUGGCAUGGAUAUUAACAGUUACAACCUUUCACAAACAAGACCUUUGGCAAAUUUCUCUUGUCGCCGAAAGGGAUUUUUUUUUUCCUUUUUGUUUACUUGAUCUGUUGCAGGCAACCUUACCUGUAGGCUGCUAUACUAUGACCAAACUACAGCAAUUAGUGUGGUUUUUUUUUAAAGAGGGGGGGAGUGUUCUGAUGAAAACUUAAUGCAUUUGUCUGUUCCAGUAUGGCCAGUAUGGUGGUGCUGAGGGUUAUAGCUCCAUCAUCAGAUCAUUUUGUCCUUGAUAUUCUGAGGGUGUGUUGGCCAUAUGGAAAGAGAACCAUAGAAAAUAAGAUGGUGCAUGAGGACAUGCCAGUUAGGCCUACAGUAUAACCAUCAUUUUGGGAACAGUUUAAAAACCAGACAGCCUGAUAUGUUUAACUACCUACCAUAGUCUUUGGUUCAGCUGUAGCAAUUGAACUGUUAAAUGUAGUCAAAGUUGUUGGCAUUUUUUCUUAUUUUACCAAGUGUUUCAGAGGAAGUCAGAUGAUUUUGUUUUUGAGCCAUUUUGCAAAUUUUAGUAGCUUCUGUGAAAGACAACCACUACCAGUAGGGAUUAGGCCCUCUAGCUCCAUUUGAAGGGAGAUUAAAAAAGGUCGGCAGCUUAAAGACCUUUUCAAUGUUAAACAUUUGGUUUAAUUUUCUCAAAGCACAUUCUUCUUGCAUGUUCUUUUCACAUGUACUGUUUUACUUUCCAAGUGCAUCAGAACAUUCAGGCUCCAAAAAAAGGCAGAUGUGCUUUGAUCUUUGUGCAUUUUGAAUGCAUAUUGUGCACACUGGGAAAGAAUAAGCUCAUCGUUUUGUUCUUUCCUAGCAUGGUUUCAAAAUAGCUUCAGUUGAGACUACAUGGCUUGAGUGAAUAGUGAACAUUGUCACUUUCAGUGCUCAGACUUAAAGUCACCAUUUGUUUUGUUUUUAUUUUUAAUUUAUAAUUUGUUGGCAAAGAAAUAAUGUUGCAGUGCUGCUGUGUCAACUGUAAGAACUACCCUGCUCCAGUUUGAACUUUCAAUGCUGUUUGUUGUAUAGAUUAUAUUGGCCUUUCUUUAAACAUCAUUCUUGAAAUCUGUCACCUUUAGUUUUCCUACUGUUGCAUUUAGCAAGUAUUAACAAAAUGUUUAUCGCAAGAAAUACUUUUUUUUUAUUACAGCUAAUGUUUUGAAGUUACUUAAGUUGUUUUAAAAAGUUUACAGGUUCUUUAAUGAAACCAAAUUUUUUUUUUGGCAAUCCAUAAUUUCUGGCUCUGGAAGCAUGUGAUUUCUAUGGUAGAUUUGAUAAACAUCAUAUUUUUGCAUACUGAAAUUCUAUGACAAUACUAAGCAGCUUAUAUUUGAGGCAGAGAAAGCAGACGGGAAAAAAUUUUCAGGACCUCUAACAUCCAUGUAUGCACCCGCAUACUGUUUAUUCUUUAUAGAAGUAAAUGAACUUCUGUUUUGAGUAUAUAAACUUCUGUUUUGAGUUUCAUCAGUUUCCAAUAGGGAAUCUGUUAUUUACAAUUUAUAAACUUAUGACGCUUAUUUCUUUACUCUGUGAUGUUUAUGCAGUUCAUAUCUCCAGGGUUUCAGACAGCUGACAUCUAUGUUCAGUUACUUUGUGAUCAUUGUUGGUAAUGUCUAAACAUUUCUUUUGCCCAACUUGUUGCCACAUUAACACAAAUUCAUUUUAUCACUGCUGCCUGCUCUAAUGUGCCCUCUUUGAUCAUGAAACAUCAUCUUUUAGUUUUACUUUCAAAGAUUCUUCUACUUUCCAUUCCAUCAACCCUCCCAUUUCAGAUAAGUUUUGACUUUAUAGUUUUAGGUUUGAGUUCUUUAUUGCAGAUUGUUUCUGCAACAGUUUUGCAUUUAGCACUUUUACAAAAAAAGUUUUUUUGGUGUUAAGCCUUCCAUAUUUUUCAGAUGUUAUGACAAUAAGCAUGUUAAAAAAAUUUAUUACUGUACCUUUAUAAACAAUUAUUAACCUAUAUUUUCAACUGCAAACUUGUGAUUUUUGUGAUGUGGUGUAAUUCUGGUAAACACACUUUUUAGACUUUUAUGAACUCUCACUUGAACAAAGUAGUGCUUUGAAUAUAUUGUCCCUUACUAUUUGAAUAUAAAAUCAUAAUAAA